UAGUAACGAGAGUAAUCAUCCAAAAAUAAACAACUGCGUAAGGAAAAAAAAGGAAAAAAAAAAGAUGGCGAACAGUGAAAGCGUUGAUUGGCAGUUCAGUGGCAGCGAUGAGGGCAAAGCCGCCUCAGAAGCCUCACUAAGCACUUACACCUCUAAACUCUUUGCUCUGUGCGAUCCUCAAGGAAAGCCCAUUUUGCCUCCACGAGGUGAAACUGCCGAGACUAGCCACACCGCUGAAAGGGCCGUUGUUAAAGCCGUCCUAUUCGGCACUGGAAACGCCUAUGCACCCAGUAUUGGCCUUCCGGUGGCCAAAAGGGCAGUAGCAGAUUACCUAAACAGAGAUCUUCCGAAGAAACUGUCACCUGAUGACGUGUUUAUGACCGUUGGAUGCAAACAAGCCAUCGAGCUUGCCGUUGAUACAUUGGCUAAACCAAAUGCCAACAUCUUGCUUCCCAAGCCAGGCUACCCAAGUAACUUAAUCCGUUCCAUCUUCAAGCACCUUGAGGUCCGCAAUUACGAAUUUCUUCGCGAAAAGAAGUAUGAGAUUGACCUUGACAGCGUCCGAGCGGCAGCGGAUGAGAACACAUUCGCAAUAUUUAUAAUAAACCCGCACAAUCCCAACGGGAACACCUACUCUGAAGCUCAUCUCAAGCAGCUCGCUGUGUUGGCUCGGGAACUCGGGAUAAUGGUUGUUUCUGACGAAGUUUUUCGUUGGUCGGUGUUUGGGAGGAAUCCCUUCGUUCCCAUGGGCAAAUUUUCGUCCAUUGUACCGGUGGUUACACUCGGGUCCAUAUCGAAGGGAUGGUCUGUCCCUGGAUGGCGAACUGGCUGGAUCGCGCUUCACGACCUAGAUGGUGUCUUUAAAUCCAAAAAUGUUUUAGCUGCUAUAAAACAGUUCCUUGAUCUAAAUUCUAAACCACCAACUGUUAUCCAGGCGGCCAUUCCCACCAUCUUGGAGAAAACUGGUAAAGAUUUCUUCCAAAGGAGGCAGAGCUUUCUGAAAGAUGCAACCGAGUUUGCAUAUUAUAAGCUCAAGAGCAUACCUUCCCUCACCUGCUACAUGAAACCCGAAGCGUGCACCUUCUUUUGGGUAUUCUAUCAUUACUGUAUCUUUAGAACUUAUUCUAACCUUCUCUUUAUAAUUGUGUUCUUUAAAUUUUGUUUUCUUUUCUACUCGCAGACCGAGCUGAACUUAUCAUCCUUUGUGGAUAUUGAAGAUGAUGAAGACUUCUGUGAAAAAUUAGCUAUUGAGGAAAACCUCGUCCUUUUACCUGGGAUUGCUUUUACUCUGAAGAACUGGGUGAGGCAUUCUAUUGACAUGCAUAUUCCAACUUUGGAGGAUGCAUUUGAUAGAUUGAAGAGCUUUUGUGAUCGCCACUCCAUUUCAGGUGAAACUCCAUGCAAAGCUGUCAAUGGUGUCAACUAAAGGGUUCUUAUGUAAGCCUAAGUCUUUUUAUAUGCUAUGAUAUAAUAAAUAAAUGGGGGUGUUUUGCUUUUAUGAAUAAAUUAUGAACACCUUUCGAGUUUGUGACAGAAUAAAUCAAUGGUGUACAAUAGUAGACCAUUAAUCAUGUAUGUUUUCACAUCGUUGGGUAUGUCUUUCGAUGUAUGUAUGUCUUUGUACUUUUUAUAAACGAAUAAAAUUCAGCUUGUUUUCAUUAGAA